UAUGAACAAUAGUCAAGGAGGAGCAGAUAAUAGAUCAAAUUCAUAACAAAAUUCACAAGAAAUAUCUUAACAAGAAAUUAAUAUGAAUCAAGUGUCACAAAAUAAUAAUAAUGCUUUAAACUAACUUAUUUAAAGUCUAAAUAACUAAACAAACCUUCCAAUAGAUUAAUUCAAAAUAUUAAUUGAUUCAAUAGUAAUUGAUAAGUAAUUUUUGCUUGUAACAUUAAAUCCAAAAGGAAAAUACUUUUAAACUUUGAGAAAACUCAUAUUAUUAUUAGUUGGAUUGUUAACCCUUCAGUUUUAUUAACUUCUAUAUCUUUUCACAUAGGAUUAAAUUUUAGAAGAUCAUAAUGACAUUCAUUCUAAAUUAAUGUAUUUAUACUAUUAAAUUAGCAUUCAAACCCAAUAACAUGUUAAGAAUAAGAAUUCCCCCUAAAGUCAUUUAUAUUUGGAAGAAUAAAUAAAUUAAUUAAUACCAGUAAUUGUUAUUAGAAUUACUUAUAUUAUAUUGUCCUACUUAAUUGUGUAUUGCAUCAAACCUUUGUCAUUACAUUAUGCAAAUAAAAACGUAUAUAAUAUUUAUUAUUUAUUAGUUAUUAUUAUUUUUUCUUAUACUUAUAUCUGGUACUUACUUUAUUCAAGGUACUCAAUGCAAUCUUUAUUCAAAUUAUGGAUCUUUGCAUUUGGAUGAUAUUGGAAAAUUAAACAAAACAAAAAUCUAUUUAGACAAUUUAAUUUUUUUUUGUUGUUUUUUAGUAUAAGGAAUAUCAUCUGCAAGCAUAUUUUAUUUACUGAUGGAAUAAGUUUAAUUUAUGUUGAAAAAAAAUUAAAGAUUAAUUUUUUACAAUGAAUUCUUACUAAUAAUAGUAGAAUUUAUUGUUGUUUCAUCAGUUUUACAUAUGAUUUUCAAAGAGUAAUACAUUUUUAAUUUAAUUAUAAUGUGGAUUCCUUUUUCUUUAUUCACAUUAUUUGCUUUAUUCACUAUUUAAGAUUCACCAUUAUGUAUUUUAAAUAGGAUUUCAUAUUACCAGGAAAUCUCGAAAUAGAACUAAUAAGUUUUAAAAAAAUAGUAAGUUGCCUUAAACAAAAUUGAAAUGUUGUAAGCAGAAUUUCAUUAAAAUAUCAAUUCAAUAUUUUAAACAAAUUUUCCAAAUAAAGUUUAUUUUACAGAAGAAUAAGUUUUUUUAUUGCUUGAUAGAUUUUAAUUUAAAAUCAGCAACAAAUAAGAGCCAAAAUUAUAUGUGAAUUUCAUAAUGUUUGCUUUAAGUUUAGUAUAUUUUGGACAUUUAUUUAAACUUUAUACAUUUGCGAAUUAAUUGUAAUGGACUAUUGAAACUCUAGCUUUAAUAUUAUCAAUAUUUGAGUUACUAGGAUACUUUAUUGGAAAUUAUUGUAUUAGUGAAUUAUAUAAUGAGAAUUUAUUAAGAAAAUUGCUGAUGACUUUUGGAUUGAUUAAUUUCUUAAGUUCUUUACCUAGUUUUUAAUCAAUUCAUAGUUAAUUUUAAAGUCAGGUAGAAUUCUUUUCAAUUUUAAUUGUUAGACUUUUGUUUUCUAUAGCUAUAAAAGCAUUUUUGAUGUAACAAAUAAUUAUAAUUAGAUAAUUCUCAAAUUAUAAACUAAAUUUCGGAUAUUUGGUCUUAGGUUUAUUACUUUCAAACAUCAAUUUGUUACAGAUUUAAUUAUUCUAAGUGAUUAUUGCAACUAUUUUAAUGUUAGCAUAUCAUUUUUCUAAGAGAUUUUGA